AUGGCGGAGAGUCGCUUGUCCCAAAACAAGUCUUCGUUGGACUCAUCAGGAGUGACCGUCUCCGCUCCGAAAGGCCCCAACUCCGUGUCUUCUCCAAAGUCGCCAGCAGCAGCCUCGAUGUCUAGAGGCUGCCGGCCUGUCUGUGAGGGCGUCGAGUCCAGCUUAAGCCCUGGCACACAUCUUGAUAGGGAAACCGGAGAGGCUACUAUUGAUGCUAAGGUGUUCGUAUGCUUACUGAACGAAGAGUUCUUGCGCUCGAAGACCUGUCGUCACCAGGUGGCGUUGGCCUACCUGUCUGAUUCCGCAAUCUUCCCGCUCAUCCUCAAGCCCCGGGAAAGCCUUUUGGCCCUGGUGGACCCCGACCUAAAGUUGCUGUUGGCCAGCUACAAGUGGAGGUCGUUGUCGGAAGGCGGGGUGGCAGAUAAUGACAUCAGCAUGAUCACAGACGACAUCAAGGCGUUGUUAGACUCCCUGCAAGUACUUCCGCUAGGAGGCGACAACGGUCCAGUCGACGAGAACUCCAGUCAGCAAGCGGCGCAGGACGUUAGUUCGGAGGGUGAAAAGCAUCAGCUUAAGAAGCACUCGAGCAUUCGUUUUCGACAGCAAAACAUUGUUGUGGAGGAUGACCAGUGCAGACAGAUGAAAGCCGGAGGAGUUUUGGACAACUCGAUUUGGCGCCACAGACCCCGUGGACUGGACGCGGUGAAGCACGUGCACAAAGACCACCUCACACGUUUUUGCUGCGUGGAUGGAGAGGUUGUGGCCCUGUGGAGUCGGAUGGAGGAGAAGGUCCGAGAGAAGUUUGCCCUGAAGGAAGUUUUCUGCGUGGAGUCCACUGUCAGGGUGGCAGCCAUGCGCAACGUGGAUAAAUUCUGCAGCCCAGGAGUGGUUGACGGCUUAAGAGAUCUGCUUUCCGAUCCCGAGUACAGCACAAGAGCCGCCGCUGCCAUUUCUCUGGCUCGGGUCAAGGCCGAUGACUUGCUCACGAUGAGCCACAUUGUGCGAAUGCUCAGUGAUGAGGACAGACUAAUCCGCGAGGUGGGCUGCCUCGCGCUGGGUCGCCUGAAAUCGAGGCUGGCCUUGAAGAAGUUGAUGUACAUGUGGCGCAAUGAUGCCAUAUCGAACGUUCGGGAAGCAGCCUGUUGGGCGUUACAUCAGAUUGGAGGACAGGAAGUAGAAGACAUUUUCCGUGUCAUAAAAGACCUUGAACACGAACUGCGGAUGUUAAGGGAUGCGACAACAUAAAUCAAAAAUUGCUUCUCCAUGAUUGGCUGGAAAAAAAAAAAGAUAUCAGCAAACUUCCUCGAGUGGAAAAGCGCAAGCAGCUCACAAUGAAGCUGGAGCAAUUGAGGUCACAUGCAGGUGUGUGAUAAACAAUACUAAUGGCACUUUUCUUCCUACCACAGUGCCUACUGGGAGAUGUCUGUUUCACCGACUGCUGAAAGGUUGUCUGGUCUGAAAACAUUGCAAACUCAUUGAUGUAAACACUUUUUACUCCGUCAGUGGUAAAUCUUUACGCAUGUGUACAAACGAGCCUAAUCUGUUUGGUAUCAAGGAUCCAACUCGAGUUGUGCAUACAUUGUGCUCAGUUUACCAAUUGCCGGAAAUUUUAUGUGUGAUCAGCAGCUGAAAACUAGAUGAGCAUUGCGUCUGUUCAGCUCACCAGAAACAGACAUUUAUAAAUAUUGCAGUUGUUUAGUUUAUCAGCAAUUUAAUUUUACCAAACCUUUGUGGUAAGCGCAAUAUCAGCAGAGAAUUUUGUUACUGGAAAUCCUACUGCAAAAGAUGUUUUCUGUUCACAAAGACUGAUGAAUAUCUGAAUAUUGUUAUUUCAUUAUAUUUAACCUUCAAAAGACUUACUCCUGUAAAUAAAUGAUACAUUAUUGAUAA